AUGGAGACAAUGGAUGGAGGAUGGACAGCAAUUCAGAAACGUAUGAAUGGGUCGUUGAGCUUUGAAAAGAACUGGGAUGAAUAUAAGAAUGAUUUUGGCUCACCGGAACAGGACGUCUGGAUCGGAAAUGACGUAAUCCAUCAUCUAACAAAAGAUGGGGACUCAUCACUUUAUAUAUCCAUCACACUAGUGAAUGAUAACAGGCUGUAUGAGUUGUACGAUAAAUUCUCCAUUUCUAGUGAAGCAGACAAGUAUCAGCUCUUUCUGGCGGGACCGGCUACGGGUACCUUAGGUGACAGUAUGUAUAACACCGGGAAUUCAAACAAUGAUCUGUCAGGGAUGUACUUCUCCACCCCAGACACAGACAACGACAGACUUGGGGGAGGUAACUGUGCUGCUAGUCAUAAAGGAGGCUGGUGGUUUAACAGCUGUCACACCACUUUCCUUAACGGUCGAUGGUCUCCCGGGUUUUGGCAGUAUCCUUGGUUUCCUACAGUUAUGUACGGAACAUCUGUAAAGGAGACGGUGAUGAUGAUCAGGCGUCACUAG